ACUUUAACCUCAAAGUUUAUUUGAAUUUCUAUUAUGUGUGAUUCUAACAAAAUUAUGUUAUCGUGAUAUUUGUAAAUAUAAAAAAUCAUCGCCACUCGUAUGUAUGCAUACGUCUUAAAUAGAGACAUAUGAAAGUGUGGAUUUAUAAAUAAAUAAAUUAUAAAUUUAAACAUGAAUUUACCAAGGCUCUUAAGACAUCUUGUUUUAAAAUCAAACAAUUGUUCAAUUAAAUAUGUGAAUACUUUACACGAUUAUAUAAGUCCAAGGAACAUUUUAGCACAGUAUUAUAUUUCCAAUAUGCGUUUUUUCCCAUAUUCUCCUUCGAAUUUGGGUAAUGUUAAUUAUUUUUCAACCACACACGUCUCAUUAAAAGCUAAAGCCAAAAAUAAAUCACAACCUGUGCAUGUAAAUUUGAACGAGGUGGCUGAAGUUAUAGAUGUAGAACGCAUGUUGUCACAAUUUGACAAAGUGGUUGAUCAGUAUAAAGAGCAGAUGAUAAAACAUGUGGGUCUGCGUACAAGUAUCGGUGCUAUCGAAGAUCUAGUAGUGAAACACGACGGAGAUGAGUAUAAGCUUCAAGAACUGGUAGAAAUUAAUCGAAAACCUAAAUUAAUUGUAAUAAAUGUGGAUACAUUUCCGCAAGUAAUCCCAAACAUCGUUGAUGCGUUAUCAAAAUCUCAAAUGAACUUAAACCCACAACAACAGGGUACAACACUUUAUAUUCCGAUACCAAAAGUCACAAGAGUGCACAGAGAAAAUUUAGCAAAGACAGCAAAAGUAUACUUUGUCAAAUGCAAAGAUAGUAUUACAGAUAUACGGAAUAAGUAUGUCAGAGAUGUAAAAAAGAAAACUUCUUUGCCUGAAGAUUUAAGUUUUAGGAUCGAAGGUUACAUAAGUCAUACGAGCCGUGAAUAUGUUGGUAGAGCAGAACAACUAUUGGAAACUAAACAAAAAGAACUUUUAGGUGAAUCUGAAUAAUCAGUUUUAGUUACUUUCUGUAUAAUCUGUUGUAGAUAAACAUUUAAUAAAUGUAUAUAUCUGAGAA